UCUGCAUCUCUCUCUCUCUCUCUCUCUCUCUCUCUCUCUCUCUCUCUCUGGGGGGAUGCGUAGACAGAAUAUGAGAAGUUCUAAGGAAGUUCUACCCAAAUGUCUGCUUCUGAUUCUUUUUGCCUAUAUUUUGUUGGAGAAAAAUGGAGUGGAGGCUUCUCAUAGGAUUGCCAGUACAGAAGAACACAAAAAUGUUCCUCCUGCAACUAUUAGUAACCGCACAGGUUAUCACUUCCAAGCCCCAAAGAACUGGAUUAAUGGGCCAAUGUACUACAAUGGAAUCUACCACCUCUUCUACCAGUUCAACCCGUUGCAACCUGUUUGGGGCAACAUUGUGUGGGCCCACUCAUACUCGACAGACAUGAUCAACUGGAAGCCACUCCAACACGCAAUUUAUCCCACAAAACCCUUCGACAUCAACGGCUGCUGGUCCGGCUCGGCAACUAUUCUCCCGGGUAACAAACCGGUCAUCAUGUACACAGGUAUUGACGGGCAAAAUCGACAGGUGCAGAACGUCGCCUUUCCAAAGAACCUGUCUGACCCGUACCUACGUGAAUGGGUCAAACCCGAUUACAACCCGGUAAUCAAACCUGAAGGCGAAAUCAACUCCAGUGCCUUCCGCGACCCGACUACGGCGUGGUAUGGGCCGGAUAGCCACUGGAAAACGAUCAUCGGCAGCCGCAAAGGUCGUCUGGGAAUGGCCGUUCUUUACAAAAGUCGAGAUUUUGUCAAAUGGGUCAAGGCAGAGAACCCGUUACACUCGUCUCAGAACUCGGGUAUGUGGGAAUGCCCUGACUUUUUUCCCGUGUUACCCAAACCUCCUAUGCUGGGUGUGGACAAUUCGGUUACCCGUAACGGGUUGAAACAUGUGUUUAAGGUCAGCUUGGAUGAAACCAGGUACGAUUAUUACACGAUAGGGACCUAUGAUUUCAUCCAUAACAAAUACGUGCCGAAUGGAUUGUCCCCGGAUAACAACACAGGGCUGAGAUUUGAUUACGGAAACUUCUACGCUUCCAAGACUUUCUUUGAUGAGGGGAAGGGGAGGAGAGUUCUGUGGGGUUGGUCGAACGAGUCUGAUAGUACUCAGGAUGACUGGGGAAAGGGGUGGGCAGGGAUUCAAACGAUUCCGAGAGCUCUGUGGUUGGAUGGUAAUGGUAGGCAAGUAGUGCAGUGGCCGAUUGAAGAGGUUAACAAGCUGAGGAAGAAAGAGGUGGGGAUACGUAGAAAGACCGUUAAGAGUGGGAGAGUGAUUGAGGUAAAAGGUAUUGAGGCUGCGCAGGCUGAUGUAGAGGUUAGCUUCGACUUGUCUUCAAGCUUGGAUAAAGCUGAGAAAUUUAAUCUGUCAUGGAGCGACCCACAGAAGCUUUGUGGUCAGAAAGGAGCGGAGGAGAAGGGCGGGAUUGGUCCCUUUGGACUUUAUGUUUUGGCUACGGAUGACAGAGAGGAAAGAACUGCAGUUUUCUUUAGAAUAUUUAAGGAAGGACAAAAGCAUGUGAUUCUUAUGUGCCAAGACCCAACCAAAUCUUCGAAGAGGACAGGCUUGUACAAGCCGACAUAUGGAGGCUUUGUGAAUUAUGAUUUGAGAAAGAGUGGUGGGAAGUUAUCUCUCAGAACUCUGAUUGAUCAUUCGGUGGUGGAGAGCUUUGGAGCAAAGGGAAGAACUUGCAUAACGUCAAGGGUUUAUCCAAAUUUUGCCGUUGGUUCAAAUGCAUGUAUUUUUGCUUUCAACAAUGGGGCUGAAGACGUGAAGAUAAUAGAGCUUACAGCAUGGGAGAUAAAGAGGCCUUUAAUGAAUGGAAUUUAACUGUUCGAUACUUACAGUAUAUGCUUCUUUAAAUGCUUUUUUUGUCCUUUAGUUUUGUACGCUUCUUAGCCUUCUUUUAUCGAUAAGAUGUCUGUAAUGAAAAAAAUGGAUUUAUCUAGUAAAAUAUUGACAGAAUUUUUAGUAGUCAAGUU